AUGGCUCCGUCCCUUACCCAGGAUGCCUUGGAUAGGGGGUACCCCUUCCAGAGAACAAGUUUCCCCUGCUUUUGUCAAAGCCUUCUUUACCACACCCCAUACCCCUCCCACAUGGGUGAACCAUUCGUCGGCCCGACAGGAGUGGGACCCUUGGGUUCCACACUCUGGUAUCGGAACAAAAUCUCAACCAUACACCACCUGAAAGGGGAGAAUUAUUGGAAUUCUGCAUCAUUUGUUACUCGAUCUUCAUAUCUCCACUUCUCUACCUUCCAAGGAGAGACCAGUGCUGACAUUUCAUUCUAUUUCAAAACAUCAGCCCCUGAUGGAGUCUUCCUUGAGAAUCGGGGGAAUUCAGAUUUCAUCAAACUUGAGCUAAAAUCUGCCACAGAUGUAUCUUUCUCAUUUAAUGUUGGAAAUGGCCCAGUAGAAAUUAUUAUCAAGUCACCCCAUCCGCUCACUGACGAUCAGUGGCAUCAAGUGAUUGCAGAGCGCAAUGUCAAAGAAGCCAGCCUGCAAGUAGAUCAGUUCCCCAGAGAGAUCCAGAAGGCUCCCACUGAAGGCCACACUCGACUAGAACUCUAUAGCCAGCUGUAUGUUGGUGCCGCAGGUGAACAGAAAGGAUUUUUGGGUUGCAUUCGCUCUUUAAGAAUGAAUGGAUUGACUCUGGAUUUAGAAGAGAGAGCAAAAGUUACCCCAGGUGUGAAACCUGGUUGUUCUGGCCAUUGCACGAGCUAUGGAAUACAUUGCAAAAAUCAUGGCAAAUGUGUUGAAAAAUAUAAUGGAUACUCAUGCGACUGCUCCCAGACAGCUUAUGAUGGUCCUUUCUGCAGUAAAGAUGUUGGAGCCUUUUUUGAAGAAGGAAUGUGGCUCCAGUAUAAUUUUUCAUCUGUAGGAAAUAAUAUGAAGGAUUCAGGGAGCAGAACUCUCUUGAGCUCCAAAGAAUCAGAGAACUUUGUAUCAGAUCUCAGUCUCAAUAAAGAAGAAAUCAGUUUUAGCUUCAGCACUAGCAAAGCUCCUUGUAUCCUGCUGUACAUCAGUGCUUAUUCUCAGGACUACAUGGCAGUGCUAGUGAAUCCAGCUGGAAGUUUACAGGUUCGAUACAAACUUGGAGAUGCUAAAGAACCAUACAACAUCAAUGUAGAUCACAGGAAUAUGUCAAAUGGGCAGCCACACAGUGUGAAUAUCACGCGGACAGGAAAAGACAUAAUUCUCCAGCUGGACCUUUAUCCCCCAGUAAGCUACACCAUACCAGGACCUUCGAGCCUUCAGUUCAGCUCACUGAAGUCACUCUUUCUAGGAAAAGUCAUAGAACUUGGAAAGAUUGAUCAAGACAUAGAUAAAUAUAACACACGAGGAUUUUCUGGUUGCCUGUCACGUGUGCAGUUCAACCAGAUUACUCCACUCAAGGCAGCCUUGAGACAGACCAAUAUCUCUUCUCACAUUUACACAGAAGGAGAACUUGUAGAAUCCAACUGCGGAGCAAAUCCACAAACCAUCCAACCAAUGUCUUCUACGACAGACCCUUGGCAUCCAGAUUCAG